GCCAGCGACAGCUGAGCGACUGACGAGGAAGAAAGGGAGUGGAAGCAAGAAAGAAAGAAUAUGGCAGUUCCCAUAUUCAGUUCUUCAAUUCCUCACUCUUAUCCCUUUCGUCCUUCUUCUUUUCCAGGCCCAGACGACACUACUUCGCAUAAGAGAAGGUUGCUCUUUUGUGUUCCCUCCGAAGUCAAUCCAGUUCAGCCUGCCUUAUCUUUUUCUGUUGGAACUCACCUUAUUCCACACCCCAACAAGGUUGACCGAGGUGGGGAAGAUGCUUUCUUUGUGAGCAGCCAAAAUGGAGGAAUUAUUGCUGUUGCUGAUGGCGUCUCCGGUUGGGCUGAAGAGGGUGUGGAUCCUUCCUUGUUCCCCCGGGAAUUGAUGGCUAAUGUUUCUUACUUAGUGGGGGAUGAAGAGGUUAACAAAGAUCCGCAGUUUCUCAUUGGGAAAGCACAUGCUGCUACCUCCUCUGUUGGUUCAGCUACAGUAAUUGUGGCCAUGUUUGAGAGGAACGGGAUGUUGAAGAUCGCCAAUGUGGGGGAUUGUGGGCUAAGGAUUAUCCGUGAAGGUCCCCUUUGUCGAGUAGUUUUCUCUACAUCUCCACAAGAACAUUAUUUUGACUGUCCUUAUCAGCUGAGCUCAGAGGCCAUUGGCCAGACUUACCGUGAUGCAAUGGUUAAUAGUGUGGAGUUGCGAGAAGGAGACACCAUAGUAAUGGGAUCGGAUGGGCUUUUUGAUAAUCUUUUUGAUCAUGAAAUUAUUUCAACCACGUCAAGAUGCAAAGAUGUAAUCGAGUCUGCAAAGGCAUUAGCUGAUCUAGCAAGAACUCAUUCAAUGGACUCAAACUUCGACUCUCCCUAUUCAUUGGAGGCCAUAUCCAAGGGUUUUGAUGUUCCUUGGUGGAAGAAAAUUCUUGGGAGGAAACUUACAGGUGGAAAACUCGAUGACAUUACCGUGAUUGUUGGUCAAGUCGUAAGUUCUUGAAACAUUGUUGUUUCGAAAGAAAGUUGAGAGAACCAUGUGCAGUUGCCACAACUUACGGAAUCACUUUUUCAAGAAGCUCUGAUACAGUUUAAUUCGUUCUCUGUAACUAUUCUAGUCUAUAGCUAUGGUGUAGAGAAAAACAUCGGCUUAUUUGAACAUCGAUUGGAAACUUACUUUUGUUUGGUUGUCUGAUUGAUGGUCUUAUUACCUUUACCCCUUCAGGUAUAUAUACAUUAUUCAAGCACAAGUAGAUAAGGUUCUCACGUUUCUCCUAAUUAUUUGGUGUU